AUGCCUUCAAGUCUGCAAUCACGUGCGAAUGUGCAUCAGAAGAAACGUGUGCAUGAUGAGUUGGUACCUACGAAUCAAGAGACGUCUGAGACAGAAGACGAAAUGGACACUUUUCUUCCGGACACUGAUGCUACUACUAAUACUAACAAUGAUGAUGACGUCAACAAGAAGGAGCAUGGACAAUGGAAGAAGAAGAAACAACGUAUUGUUCCACCAUCAUCUUGCUGUUCUUCCAUGCUGACCAAAGGAACUAAGAGUCACACUAAUCACAAUAGGAUUGCAAAAGAGACCCAAAUGGAGACAGAAAUGGGUAUAAUUGAAGAAAUUUAUUGUGAAAAUUUCAUGUGUCACCGUAAAUUACGUGUGACCUUAUGUCCUCAUAUAAAUUUCAUUACGGGCGAAAAUGGAAGUGGGAAGAGUGCAAUUCUAGCUGCCAUUCAAAUUUGUUUGGGAGCUAGUGCACGUAGUACACAUCGUGGUAAAAGUAUCAAGCAUUUAAUUCGUCAUGGACAUGAUGGACAUGCAUUUGUACGAAUUACAUUACGCAAUGAUGCUAGUGGUAGUGAUGCGUUUCGUCCAGAACAAUUUGGUCGUAAACUUGUGGUCGAGCGCGUGAUUCGUCGAGAUGGAUCAGCAGAAUAUCGACUAAAGAAUGAACAUGGCGUACUUGUAUCAAAGCUCAAGAUGGACUUAGAUGCCAUGCUCGAUCAUUUCAAUAUUCAGACGGAGAAUCCAUGUGCGAUUCUCGAUCAAGAAAAAUGCAAAACUGUUUUUAAAAGGGAAUGCAAUGGAUAA